AUGUUUGAGGGCUUCCCCGGAUACAUCUGCUGGUUGGGCAGUGGUCCAGAGUACAUCUGCGGACUGGAUGGUGGUCCGGGGUACAUCUGCGGGUCGGGUUGCUGUCCCGGAUACAUCUGUUGGCUGGGCGGUGGUCCAGGGUACAUCUGCGGGUCGGAUGGUUGUCCCGGAUACAUCUGUUGGCUGGGCGGUGGUCCAGGGUACAUCUGCGGGUCGGAUGGUUGUCCCGAGUGCAUCUGUGGACUGGAUGGUAACUGUUGGGACAUCAUCUCAGCAGCUACAGGUGGUGGUACCAUUGGAAACAUGUCUGGAUCAGCAGGGUUAAACAUCUGUGGCAGUGGGAACAUCAUAUUGGACUGA